AAAGAUAAUAAAAAAGUUAUGCGCAUUGUUGCAAAUAUAAAAACAUGAUUACAAGGAAUUCCUUAAAAUUUACCAGGUUGGCAGCCCUAGCUAAUCUAGCGUUAACCCGCAGUUUUGCGAGCAGUGGUGGGCCUGUAUGAUACGCCGUGUCGUAAAUCGUAUUUACGACGCGUCGAAAUUAGAUCGCGUGAUUUAAUACGAAAUCGAAUUCUUGUAAAACAAUUUUUAUAAAAAAAUUAAUCUUUAUAUAUGAAUUUUUGUCAGAAACUAUUUAUUAUAAUCAAUAAUAGUAAUACAAAAUUACAAUAAUAUUAUAGUAGUCUAUUAUAACUAAAAUUACUCAUUAAUUUUCAAUAAAUAAUAUAAUUCUAAAUUUUUAUUUUGGCUGAUGCUAGAACUGGAAUUCUUGUAGGAACUUCGAAUAUCUUAGUAACUGUAGAAGCAGGUAUUUUCAAUAAAUUAAUGGCAAAAGUUGAUAGAUUCUGUUGCUUUCCAAAAUGUGCGAAAUGAGCUAUAACUUUUAGCAAUCAAUGUUUGGUUUCUAUUAUGGUCGUCUUAAUUCUCGUUUACAUGUUUUAUCUUCUCAUUUAAUAAAGAGACUUAUUUUUUAUUCAACUCUCGUAAAUUAUGUAUCUAAAUUAACUUAAUUUUUUAAUUUCGCGGGUUUAUUAUUGUUUGCGACGUUUGCGACGUCUACGACGCCAUAUUACGACAUAUCAUAUACCGCGCGCAUAUCGCAUAAUGUGUCACAAAUCGUAUUCUCACGUCUUUUAUCCACCACUGGUUUUGAGUCCCGCAUUUUUAAGUUAACCACAGUACUUGACAGGAGUUUCUUCUUCGUUUCUUAAAAAAACUUAAUUUUUAAUAACAAUGGUUUACGACAAUCGUCAUCGAACUCUGCUCCAAGCAAUAAUGCAGGGAGGAGCAGUUCUUGAGCACGAUGCAUCUCUCAUAUGUACUAAGAUUUUCGGUGAGAGAUUAAAUGUAGCAUCAGUUGCACAAAGUAUUAAUGACAAAUUGGCUCCUUUGGCCAUGGCAAUGAAAUCUGGGAUAUGUGAAAUGAGCGGUGAGAAGUACUGGUCGAUUGUUGGUACAACUCACGAAGAAUCAAUCACGGUACCAUCCCAAUUUAAUACUGGCCAAAGAGCAUUUUUAAGAGAAAUUUACUCUGAAAUAAUAAGUGCUGAUGAUGGAUGCAUUUCAAGUACAGAUUGUCUUAACAUGUCCACCACAUUAGAUGUAAAGCUGUCGAUAAGUGAUGCUGACAUAUUUUUAAAAUACUUGACUAAAGGAAAGUGGCUAUUAAUUAAGAAUGGAUAUGUCUUUAUGGGUGUGAGAAGCAUUGUAGAGCUUAUGCCUUACUUUAGAGCAACUUAUCAAGAUAACUUUCAUAAUUGUACUCUAUGCAAAGAAAUUGUUUUUCAUGGACGAAAGUGUGAAAAUUGCAAUAAGGUAUUCCAUUACUAUUGCUUAGCUAAAUAUGCUAGUAUGCAAAAUGAAAGUAAGUGUCCACAAUGCAGGCAUACUCUGGAUACCAGUUAUACUAGCUUUGUAGCAGAUGAAUCUACUACUUCUCAAGUUGCUAAUGGAAACGGGGAAGAGCAGCCAAUGGAUAUAUCUGAGGAUGGUAAUGAUAAUGGUGAUAAAGAUGAUGAUGAUUCUGAAGACUCACCACCGAUGAGGAGAUUUUCAAAGAGAACUAGGACUCAAUCCAAAUAAGAAGAAUAAGCUGUAAAAAAUAUUGGCUUCUGAGUAUUUUCACCAUUCAAGGACGCCAGGAAUGUAUUUUUCAAUAAGUUGUUCAUAAUAUGGCCAGAGUUUUUCAAUAUCAGGAACUUGACUGCUCUUGGUAUACAAGUCAUAUUUGCUAAAAUUGAACACCAGUUUUGUUUUAAUUUAUUGUUUUUCUCAUCACGUGAUAUUAGGUAUUAAUGUUAAAAACUUACUUGAAUUCUAAAACCCACUCCAACAUGUUUAUAUCUUCUUGGGUACAGAAGUGCAUAUAAUCGCCACCAGCAUGCCAUGGGUAAAAUGAGUGGUAUCUUAUCAUUGCUAAACCUUCUUUUGGUAUUGUGCUCUUAUUAUGUUUCAAUACUCGAUACAGAUAUUCAUCAUGUCCCCAUGACAUCAUUAAAUUUUUCAGACCACAAUUUGGCUUAUACAUUCCAUAUUUUGUACUAAAAAAACGGAUAUAUAUUACUGUAUUAAAUUCGAACAAUCUGAUAUUUGAUAUGAUAAUUUAUUGUACCGCAGAAUUGUAUUAGAUGGAUCGUGCAAAAUUAAAUUCGAAAUAAAAAUUUAAAAACUUGCGAUAAUUACUUGUAACGAGGAACCUUUCCAUCAGGAUUAUCAUUGAAGCUCGUUUCUCUGUAGACAAUAGAGUUGCCCCAUGCACAUCCCACGGGGAAUGUAUCACCAACAACUGCCCAUUGAGGUUCUCCAUAAAAUGCCAUUACCUGCGUUAUCGAGUGUAAAAAUGAAUGCGUUAAAAAUGUAAAUUCAUCGUUAUGAAAUUUUAUGAAAUUUUAAUCUUUUAUAGACUAAGAAUUGAUAUUUUAAUAAAAUAAUAAAAAAAGCUA